UUCGUGUAUAACUAUACGUAUACGAAUUGGUAAUAUAAUAACAAGCGUCUAAAAACGAAACGAUUUGUUUAGCACUUUUUUUAUAACAAUUCCAUAUAUUUUUCAUUUGAUAGCAAAAAUAUAACUGAAAUAAAAUAGUUAGAAAGAUUGAAUAAGAUUUUGUGAAAGGUUUCUGGAUUAUUUGGAACAUUCAAGAAAUUAUGUCUGCUUUUAACUUAAAUGAAUUAAAAGAUGCUUUAAAGGAUAACGCUGAAAAAUCCGGCGUUUCUUUUGCAGGAAGAAAUCUCAAACUUGAUACUGAAGAAGAUGCAAUAGAAGUAAUAAAAGCAAUAGAAGAAUGUCCACAAUUAGAAUUCUUCAAUUUAGAAGGAAACACAUUAGGACCAAACGCAGCAGAAGCUGUAGCUCAAGCUUUACAGAAAAAUGGAUCCCUUCUAAAAAGAGCUCUUUGGAAAGACAUGUUUACUAGUCGAUCUAAAGCAGAAAUUCCUGUAGCAUUAGAACACCUUGGCACUUCUUUGUCAACUGCUGGUGCCCAGCUCACCGAAUUAGAAUUAAGCGACAAUGCUUUUGGUCCAAUUGGUAUUAAAGGAUUAGCAGAUUUUUUAACUUCUAAGACAUGUUAUUCCCUUCGUGAAUUACAUUUAAAUAAUAAUGGACUCGGUAUAUUUGGAGGUAAAAUAUUAGCCAAAGCUUUAUUGGAUUGUUGUCAAUAUAGUUCACGCGAUGGUACGCAAUUAGCACUGAAAGUUAUUGAAGUUGGUAGAAAUCGAUUGGAAAAUGAAGGUGCCGAAGCUUUGGCAUCUGUAUUUAAAAAAUUAACUACAUUAGAGGAAGUUGCAAUGCCUCAAAAUGGUAUAUCACAUAAAGGAAUUAUAGCACUUACCAAAGGUUUAUCUGCCAAUCCAGGAUUACGUGUUUUAAAUCUUAAUGAUAAUACGGUAGGACCACAAGGAGCUCAAGCACUUGCUGACAUUUUACCAAACUUUCCUGCUCUUGAACAUCUAAAUCUUGGAGAUUGUUUGCUAAAAACAAAAGGUAGUUUGAUAUUAGCAGAAGCAUUAGGAAUUGAAGGAAAUCAUCCUUCCCUUAUGGAAUUGAAUUUAAGUUUUAACGAAAUCCAUACAAGAGGAGCUGUCCCCAUUGCUCGAGCAAUGGCUGAUAAAAAUUAUUUGAACAAUUUACUCUUAGAUGGCAAUUCAUUUGGAACAGAUGGUCGUGCUGUCUUACGUGAAUAUUUAACAAAUUUCGAACGUAUCGAUUCGUUAGGUACAUUAAGUGAAGAUGAAAGUGAUGAUGAAGAUGAAGAUGAAAAUGAAAAUGAAAAUGAAAAUGAAAAUGAAGAUGAAGAUGAAGAAAUAGAAGAAGAAGAAGAAGAUGAGGAAGAGUACGAAGAUGAACAUGAUCAUGAACUUGUGGAUGUAGAUGAUAAUGAAUUUGUUGUUGUGGAUAUAGAUGAGGAUGUGGACGAGGAUGUAGUUGCAGAUGAUGAUGAUGAUGAUGUUAAUGAAGAUCAUGCAAAUGAUAAUAAUAGUGCUAUGACAAAUUUGUUAGAGGACAAAAUUGAAAAGAAAGUAACUAUUUCAGAUUUCUUACAAUCUCCAACAGAACAAAAAUUAUUACUAUUACAGUAUAAUACUGCUGAACCUUUUGUUGAAUAUGUCAAGAAUUUAGUGAAAGAUGAUGAUGAUGAGAAGCUAUUAGAAUUCAAAUUUAUUGAAGAAUUUAUCAGAUUAAUUAUGAAUGUUUCUGCUUUCUGUGGAAGUAGACUUUUGAAUGUUAGAUUAAAAGCAGAACUUCUUACAGACAUUUUAUAUGCGGAACUUUUUGCAUAUGUUGUAAAACACAAACAAAUUACAAUGUUGAAUAAUACUUUACUUGUAUAUUUAGGUUUAUUAAAGAGUGAAGAUAAGAAUGAUGGAAAAAUUGAUUGGAAUUUGGAAGGUUGUUUCAAAGCAUUAGAAAAAAUCAACAAAAAGGAAUAUUUCCUUCAACAGACAAAGGACACGUUGAAAUUUUUCUUAGAAAAACCGGUAACAGUUAAUCGUGCAAAAGUAACAGAUCCAUUCGAAGAUUCGAAAAAUGCUCUUAAAUUGGCAUUAAAUUGUAUUCAAACAACAUAAUUAUUGUGGAAUAUACAUUUAAUAAAAAUUUCGUCAUAUAUGUGCCCAUAUUUACAAUGAGCUAAUUGAUAAAGUAGUAGUUAAUAUUCGAGAACUUCUCAUCUUAAAUACAAAAAUUUCUUCCUCAUAAUUAUUAUAUAUAAUAUUUAUAUUACACAAAAAAAAAAAAAAAAAGUAAUGAACUUUAAUUUAGAAAAAUGUCUAUACACUUUUCCUGACUUGUACAAAUUAUUUUGUACACAACUUUUUAUGUUUU